AUUUCAACAGACACCACUAAUGCUUCUGGAGCAGUGAAAGUUCGAAGUGAAGUCGAAGUUGCCCAAAUAACAAAAGUAUCUGCAGAUUCUGUGGGUGAGUAUUUAACAAAUUUUACAAAUAUUUAAAAAAUUGUUAUAAACUGUGCAUUUCAAUAGACAUCACUAAAGCUGCUGGUGAAGUGGAAGUUCGAAGUGAUGUCGAAGUUGCCCAAAUAACAAAAGUAUCUGCAGAUUCUGUGGACACCUCUAAAAACGAGAACCAUUUUGUUGAUUCUCAGGACACAUCAAGUAAGUUGUUAACUUUUGCUUUUUGUUAUUAUUUUUAAAUAAAUCAAAAUAAAUUUUAGCAGCUACUACCACUACGGAUAAAAUAGAAUCAUCUAGCCAGGAUCCCAAUGUAACUAUUGGUGAGAAUUUUAUGUUUUAUAUUUUUCUAAAAAUUGUUCUUCACAUUAGCAGAAAAAAUCUACAUUGCUUUUGACUAAUCAAUUAAUUGGCACACAAAAUUUUACCAACACCACUAAUGAGAAUAAGAAACACCCCAUUACAAAAGAUAAACAGCCAAUGGGCUCUACAUCAGACCGUUUAAAAAAGGGACCAAUUGCUGAGCUUCAGCUAAAGUCAUUUAAAUUGCCAGCUGAGACAGGACCUUGGUAUGAGGUUCAUAAUGAACAUACAUCGCAAGAUUCGUAUGAUAAAUUGAAGGAAGAGAACUUAGCAAAGGAACAAUUUGAAGCCGAUAAAAAUGCAACUAAGGAAACUAAAUUGUAUAACGAGAGUCCUGAAAGGGCACCAAGCUACUUUAAUGGAGAAGGCUCAACGCCACAAGAUACUCCAAGGCCAAAACGUUCGAUUUCAUUCUUUGUUUCAUUUGAUGGCGACGAUAAAAAAGAAACUUAUAAAAUACCAAAAAGAUUCUUAACCCGCACAGAUGCAGCUAAAAAUAAGCAAUUCGUAAGUAAUAAUGGAAAAUCAAGCAAUUCGAAUGAUCCCAAGACCGUGAGUUUAAACUCUAUGUCAGACGAAGAAUGUGCACAAUUAGCAAAGGAUUUAAGCCAUGAACAGUAUGGAGUGCAAAAGUUACAAACCAUACACGAGUUAAAUGAAAACGAAUCAAGCAAUGAACUUCGAACUGAUGACGAAAAUGUAACUGAUUAUGAAAAUGUAGAAGUAAAGCCAUUGAUCGAGCCCAACUCAAACUUAGAAGCGAUUGGCACUGAAAACUCAAAGCUAAAUAGAAGCGCACAAAUUAUACAAAAAGCUUACAGAAACUACAAAAGUUUGCAAGCAGUCAACAUAGAUAAAGCCUGCACUAAAGACAACUGUGAAAGAAAUGCAAAUGAAACUUUAUCUAUAAGCCCAGACGUAAAGGAUCAGACAAGCAAGAAUUUAGCCGCCAUCAUCAUACAAAAAGCAGCUAGGCGAUUUUUACAAAAUAAACAACAAACUAAAAGCUGUAACUCUUCUACUGAAACCACAGAAUGUUUGACCAGAGAAAAAGCGGCUUUGAUUAUUCAAAAUGCAUUUUUAAACUAUUUACAAAGGAAAAAGUUGGAAAGCCGUGAUGAUAGAUCUGAGGAUUCUUAUACCAGCUCGUUGAUCACAGCGGUGCCGUUAAAUGAUGUAGAAUCGUCACCGUCAUUAUCUUUAACAUUGAUGGAUACUGAGCUGAAUGCUAACUCUAUUAAAUCUGAAUGGUUUGUUGGCACCCAACCAAUUGUACUUGAAUCAAGUGGUACAGCUAUAAAUGAUAAUCAGGAGACUAGCACGUCUAUUGAUUUAAUUGCACCUGAGAGCACCAACAACACAAAAGUAAACGCUUGUAUUGUAGCUGAUCGAAACGAUGAUAUGCAUGAAUCAAAAUUAACAUCUGAUAUUGGCAAUAAUAUUAACGAACUUACACCAACACAAGAAUUUAAAAAUGAUAAUGGAGCUUCUAACAAUUUAGCAGGUUCGUCAAACGAAGCAGUUUUGGAUGUUGUAGAAGACUUAGCAGAUAAGGCCUUCGCAGCCGUCUCACCAUGUUUAAAAGAUGGAACUAAAGUCUCACCUGGGCAACUUUUACAUGAGUUUCUAACAGAGGAAAUCGAGUUUUCAUCAAUGCAACAAAAUAAUGAUAAAUAUCAUGAAGUACAAGAAGAACCAUGCAUAAAAAAAUGUGUCUCACGUACCAGCCUUGAUCAGGAUCAGGAUGUUAAAUUAACUGACGGUACAAUCUCAUCAAAAAUUGAAACAGAAGUUAAUAUAGAUGAUAAUAUUCAGGGUAUUAAGUCCAUAAAUGAACUGCAAACAUUGUCCGCGGACGCACUGGAUGAAGCUACUGCUAAAUUGUCAAAGCCUGAUGAGGUAAUUGAGAAAAUGGCCAGACGACGAUCGUCAGAAUUGUUGGAGCAGCACAAUGAUGAAUAUCGCAUUGCGGAAACAAGUUUUGAUGAGCCUGUUAUUCACUCCAUGGGCUCAAUCCAAGAUCAAAGCUCUCUCGAUAUUGAAGAUGGUGAUAUAAUACUUUAUAAACGUCUGCAGCGUGAUGAAACGGAGACUCGCGAAAGCUCGGCCCAAAGCGAAUCCGUUGUGUUCGGCAUGGCCGAUGCUGAGCAAGAUUUUAUUAGUGACACCGAGGCAAACAGGCCACAGCUUCUACGUCAUUAUACAAUUGCUGGCGACAAGCCACAUCGUAUUUUCAGAUCCGAGACCAUGGACGAGACAGGUAACGAAAUGGAGGAGUUAGAAGGCUAUUUGGACGAUGAGACGUCUGAGAAUAUUCGGAAAAAAAUCAUGGCAUAUUCAUUGUCAGAUGGAGACUCUGAUGAUUGUGAUGCUGGUAAAUUAAACCAGGAGGACUUUAACAUAGACACAGCAUUGGCAGAUGCCAUGGACACUUCUACCGAAACAGAGUCAACUAUUGUAUCUGCAGCCACUAGAAUUCAAGCAGGUGCACGCGGAUUCUUAACCCGUCGUAGACUGCGACGUGCCAGUGCUGGCACCAAGUCGUCAACCCAAGAAACAAAGGCAUCAUUUGGUAAUGAUGCCAUUAGUGAGUCGCUGGAACGCUUUAUAGAGGAAGAAGCUGCUAAAAAGAUACAAAAUGCAUAUCGCUUUCAUAAUAAAAGACACAAGAAGAAGGCAAACGUAUUGAAAAGCUCCAGUUUAGAAAGCAGCUUGGCUGCUAAACGGCUUACUCUGCAGCGUGGCGAUGCACUUCGCAAUGAUUCCAACUCUACACCAGAAGAUGAUCAUGGUAGUGCCACCAAUAUAAGUGGCACUAAAAUCAGUAGCACCAACAUCAGUGGCGGAGCAGCAAUAGAGUCGGUAGAUGAAAAGAACAACAGCAAGAAUGUUGUACGUGCGAAGAGGAACACAACAGGCUUAAAAUGGCCAGUGUUAAGGCAAAACUCAAUGCCAGUCCAAAUAGAAUGUGAGGUGCUUCGACUUAUACCCAAGCAUCUGCGUAAGCGAGUAAAGAGCGCAGAGAACGGGAGGAAAGUGCGAAAGUGAAAGUAAUGACAUAACUUGGAAGAUUAUGCAAAAUAUUCAAAGAUAUUAACCAAUAU